AUGGGAACCGAGCACUCAAAAAACGAGGGGCGAAGAAGCAUUUUUUUUCUGAGGAAAGGUCCGAAGUUGCCUGCAUGGGAAGAUGCUCUUCUCUCAGGGAAAGACCCCAAGUCGUUGCUGAAACGGGGAUUGCGUUAUGUCAGCUUGAGCCUUAUAAUGAAAGGGAUGACCAGUGCCCCUGACUUCUUGUGGGGACUGCCCGAGGUGCAGAAACUGAACCUCUCACGCAACCAGCUGGUGGCAAUUCCUCCUUCACUGGGAAAACUGGACCGGCUCAUAGUGCUGAACUUGAGUGGCAACUGCCUCAAAUGUCUGCCGAAGGAGAUCGGGCUGCUGAGGAACCUGAAGGUCUUGUUUGUUAAUAUGAACUGCCUGACAGAAGUGCCAGCAGAGCUCAGCUUGUGCAGAAAGCUGGAAGUUUUGAGCCUCUCUCACAACUGCAUCUCACAACUGCCUUCAAGCUUCACUGACCUGACAAGUUUAAAGAAACUGAACAUCAGUAACAAUCGCUUUGUGCAGAUUCCACUCUGCAUUUUUGCACUGAGGAGCUUAGACUUCUUGCACCUGGGGUCCAACAGGCUUGAAAGCAUUGCAGAGAGCAUUCAGUAUCUAGUCAAUUUGCAAAUCCUUAUAGUAGAGAAUAAUAACAUACGCACUCUGCCGCGGUCUCUCUGCUUCAUCAUGGCUCUGGAGCUACUAAAUGUAGAUUACAACUCCAUACAGACUCUUCCGUAUGACCUCUACCUGCUGCGCAGGCUGCCCCGCAUUGCGUGGAACCCAAUGGACAAAGGCCUCCACGUCUCUCACAACCCUCUGUCCCGACCCCUGCCUGAGCUCGUGGAGGGGGGACUGGAUGUCCUCUUCAACUACCUCAGGGAGAAAAAGGAGCACCACUGA